AUCUCACUCAAACGAAAACCCUAAUAAUAAGUAGUGCAACGAGUGUUUGAGCACAAGCAUAGGUUAGAUCUUCGGCCGCAUUCUCCAUCUUCUUCCUCUCUCUCUCCAACCACCCUGCAUCCAAAAUCAACACAAGAUGUCUUUGGUAGCAAACGAAGAGUUCCAACACAUUCUUCGUGUGUUGAACACCAACGUUGAUGGAAAACAGAAGAUUAUGUUUGCUCUUACCUCAAUCAAAGGUAUUGGGAGAAGAUUCGCCAACAUCUGUUGCAAGAAAGCUGAUGUCGACAUGAAUAAGAGGGCUGGUGAAUUGAGUGCUGCUGAGUUGGAGAAUGUUAUGACUGUGGUUGCUAACCCUAGGCAAUUUAAGAUCCCAGAUUGGUUUUUGAAUAGGAAGAAGGAUUACAAGGACGGGAAGUUUUCUCAGGUGGUGUCUAAUGGUCUGGACAUGAAGUUGAGGGAUGACUUGGAGCGAUUGAAGAAGAUCAGAAACCACCGUGGUUUGAGGCAUUAUUGGGGUCUCCGUGUCCGUGGUCAGCAUACCAAGACUACCGGUCGCAGAGGAAAAACUGUCGGUGUCUCCAAGAAGCGAUGAAGUGUUUUUGUUUUUGUUUGCAGAAGAGAAAUUAUCAGAGAACAAAUUUUUAAUCUGCGUUUAGACAUUGUUGCUAUGAUUUAUGUUUUGUUAAUUUCUGUUACUAAAUUUUGUUGUUUGCUGAUCCUUGUGCUCAGUUACAUGUUGGUUUGAUAAGUUGUUGGACAUCAAAUAGUGUUUAAGAUAUUUAUGUUCUUUUGAUUUGUUGAA